AAUUAUAAUAUAGAUUUCUUAUUCAAUUUGAAAUCUAAAGAAAUUUGUUGAAUAAUGUUCCGCAACCAAUACGACAGUGACACAACAACAUGGAGUCCCCAAGGCCGUCUAUUCCAGGUGGAGUACGCCAUGGAGGCGGUUAAGCAGGGAUCUGCCACUGUGGGACUCAAGAGCCGGGACUAUGCUGUGCUCAUCGCCUUGUGCCGCUCCUCGAAAGACGCUGAAGAUAGUCCCAACACGCUGCAGCGGAAGAUCAUGCCGGUAGACGCCCACAUGGGCAUGUCCAUAGCCGGACUGACUGCGGACGCCCGGGUAGUUUGCCAGCACCUUCGCUCCGAGUGCAUGAUGUACCGACACUCGUACGAUGUGGACUAUCCGGUGCAGCGUCUAGUGACCAAUUUGGGCAUCAAACUCCAAGCCACCACCCAGCGCUACAACCGCCGUCCCUUCGGAGUGGGAAUGCUGAUAGCAGGCUAUGACGAGAAGGGUACCCACAUCUUCCAGGUGAUGCCCUCGGCCAAUGUCUUCAAUUGCAAGGCCAUGGCGAUCGGGUCGCGAUCGCAAAGCGCCCGCACCUACUUGGAGCGGCACUUGGACAGCUUCGAGAAUUGCACCAAGCAGGAGUUGAUUUGUCACGGCAUCCAGGCUGUUCGCGGAGCCCUGGGCAACCAGGAUAGCACUGAAUUCAUCAUAAAUACAGCCAUUGUCGGCAAGGACGAGCCCUUCAAAAUUCUUAGCGAAUCGGAAAAUCAAGUCUAUUUCAAAAUAGCCAAGACCAUGGGAAAUCCGGGGACGAGCGAUGCAGAAGAUGAUCGCUCUAUCGGUGGGACGAUGAAUAUGAUGGAUGAUAUGAUGGAGCAGGGACCCAGCGGCAUUGGAGCUGGGCCAGCCGAAGACACAGACGCAGAGAGCAAUGCCAGCCUGGAGCCAGAGCCCCAGUAAGGAAUCGUAUCU